AUGGGAACCAUAUUCAGGGUAACCAAGUUCCUCUUCUCUCUUGGUCAGGAUCUCGUUGCCGUGCGUGUCAGACACCAAGUUGGUAAGGCAGAAUCGGACAUAUAUCCUCAAUGGGAUGAUGACAAGGUUGAUGAUGAUCUUCAUAGCUUGAUUUUAGACAUUAUACAUGAGCAGCUUGAUGAUAAGCAUUGGAGCUUGAAGGCAGCUAAUGAACCAGUUGCAAACAAAAAGAAAAGGGAUUUAGUGAGUGAAGAGGAUGAUUGUAUGAAGAAAAAAAAUUCAACGAAGAAGACAACCACAGCAUGUGGAUCUAGCCUUAAUUCAGGUGGAGAUGAUAGAUUCAGGCAUGACCUACUGGAAGCAAUGAAGGCAUUGACUGCAACAGUUAAAAAUAUGGACACAGUUGUUGCUGAGAAGGUGUUGGCUGCAGUAGACACAAAGAUUGACGAAAAAGUAAAUGCAAGAGUUGGUCAUGUCAAGCAGUCAUGGAUGGUCCAAGACAAGACAGCAUAUGAUGUAGAUGCGACAGUAGAAUGUGUGGUUAGAAGAAAAGCCAACAAAUCCGAGGUCAAGCUAAUGUCUCAUAUUCUAUUUGACACUGAUGGUGAGAAGGUUGCUAGUUUUUAUGCGAUUUUCCCCAAGAAAAAAUAUGGGAACCUAGAUGCCAUGUUAGACCAGUUGGCGGCAUCAAUCUUGGAUGGACCUUUGCAAAAACGCAAGCCACAACUGACAAAGACUCAAGUGUAUCCAUAUGUAGGUAACUCAACUGUGAAGAGGAUUAUAUCAGCUGAUUCUCACUCUAAAGCCCUCUAUGAUCCUUUAGCUAAAGUUGCUGAGACAAAAUUCAUGAAGCUAUUGGAUUAUCUGCAAAGUCUUACUGAUGAUAACAAUGUAGACACUCACUUCUAUAUGAAGCUGAUAACGCCAAGAAAUGUCUGGGAAACAUAUGAUUUUGGAUGGCUAACAGAUUCUGAUGUGGAUCGACUUUUCCUUUGCCACUUGAUAAAUGGUGAACACUGGAUCACUUUAGAAUUGGAUCUUCCGAACAAAGUGAUCCAUGUCUACGACAGCAUACAGACAAUUGUCCCGAACAUCACGGAUCUUCAAGAAGAGUCUCGUCCUUUCACGAAGAUGAUUCUUUUAUUGCUGAAUGAAAUGGUUCCUGACAGGAAGAAGAGUUCACAGCAGUUCAAGAUUUCAAGACCUAAAAGUGUGCCACGGAAUGAAGACCCUGGUGAUUGUGGUGUUUACGUUUUGAGGUAUACAGAGUGUAGGGAGAUUGGCUGUGGUUUUGAAGGUUUUUAA